AUGAGGCGGGCCCGCGGCCGGCUCGAGAUAGACUGGGCGGACGUGUUCGGAACUCGCAUCUCCUCCCCCGACAGCGCCGGUGCCUUUUACCUCGGGGCGUCGGCCGCUGCUCGGGCGGCGAAGAAUGGAGGCGACGAGCCGCGGCGUGGGGUUUCGGUUUCGAACCGCCGCCACCUCCCCGGGAUCGAAGAUCUUCCCUCCCGCACCGACCGCGGCGCGGGCGAGCGCCGCCGCCCCGCGCCCCGGCCGUCGACCGACGCGGCCGCGAAGGGUCGCUCGUCUUGGGAGAUGAGCGCGAAGGGGAAUGGGAAGACAGCGCAGUCUGUGGGCGGGUCCCCCGCGGCCACCUCCCUCCGCGGCAGCGCGGCGAUGGCGGCCUCGUCCAUGCCGCCGCCGCCACCGUGGCAGCCCGCGCCCGCGAAGACGAACCGCGUGCGGCCUCUGCCCGCGCCGGUGCCGGCGCCCCCGAUCGUCGGGGCGGCACGACGGACCUUGAAGAGGAACGGGAGGUCGCCGCCCUAG